AUGGCUGGCACGGUUGUUCUCACCGGGGCAAAUGGAUCCCUUGGCCUUGGCUUCGUCAAGUGUUUCCUCUCCUCUUACCCCAACCACACCCUCAUCGCAACAGUCCGCGACCCUUCGACAUCUGACCCAAACACAGCCAGACUUCACAACCUCAUCUCCCUGAAUCCGAAGGCAAAAGACAAAGUCAUCAUCGAGCGCCUCGAUCUUGGCAGUCUGGAUGAAGUGCGCUCAUUCACAUCGCGGAUCUCAGGACGCGUCACGAAGGGAGAGAUUCCGCGUAUCGAUGCCAUCGUCUGCAACGCUUCCUCCUGGUCUCUGCGCGGCCAAAAGUUUACCGUCGAUGGCCGCGACGCAGCUUUCCAGGUUUGCCACCUGUCGCAUUUUCUCUUGGUUAUGGCGCUGCUGGGAUCCGUAAAUGAGGAGUCCGGUCGAAUUAUCAUGCUCGGCUCUGAGGCUCAUUAUACCGAGAAGGAUAAUAUGGUAGCACGCCUCAGAGCCAAGAUCCCCGAUGACAUUAACACCCUUAUCAAACCUCUGGCGGAUAGUCCUGGCCUGGAGCACGACCGAGGAUUCCAAAGAUAUGCCACUGCCAAACUUGCCAAUGUUAUGUUUAUGCACGACCUCAAUAAGAGACUCCAAGCCGACCCACACCCGUCCAAUAUCACCGUAACGGCUAUGGACCCGGGCGGCAUCGUCGACUCACGCGGCCAUGUCGAGCAAAAGCUACUUCUCAGGGCUAUACUCGCUACGGUCAACGUCAUGAUGCCCAUUCUAAGGCAUUUCACAAAGGCAGCGCGGACCAGCGCCGACUCUGGUCGCGAUCUCGUGGCGCUGACCGUUGGCCCCGAGUUCCAGGGGAAGAGGGGCUACUAUGUAGGGACGAAGGCAGUCCAAUCGUCGGAAGGUAGCUUGGACGAGGAGUCCCAGUGGAGAGUCUGGGAGGCUUGCUGGAACUGGGCUGGUCUGACGGAAGGAGACACCGUUCUUCGUUGUCAUCCUCGCACAAGAACGUAUCCCAUCACCCUCGUUGGAAAAUCUGCUUCAAUCACGGAGGAGAUCACCGACCAAAGAGUCCCGACGCUGCAUGACGAGUUGAGCAAGAUACAUACGGAGAAUGAUGGGAAGUUGAGCAUAGGACGCAGCGAGUAUUCCCUAAAGGCGGCUUAUGAGAAGGCGAAGGCUGCUGCUUUAGCGGGUGGACGGUUAGAGGCUCUCUGCAAGGCUCUACGUCGAGAUAUUGAGCAGAUCGAGGCGUUAGUUGGUGAGGUGUCGCGGGACUCUGGUCGGGUGGAUCAUCUCGCGCUAAGCACUAGUUUGGUGGGGCUCGAUCAACUCGUACAAGAUAUUAGCGACCAGUCCACGAGGAGAGAACAGAACCAGAGAGACAGGUGUCUUACUGAAGCCUCAAUCAUUCCACGCCCCGAGUCGGUAGGAACCGAGGGGCUGGGGAAGAAUGCCGCGGCCCUAGAUCUCAGCACCAGUCGGGAAAGAGCAACGACGGACAGUCAAGAGGGACAUAGCAGAAUCCGCGCCACCGCCAAGACCAUUGGUAGUCCUCCAGGUCCUCAAAAUAUUUCUCGGGCACGUAAAACAGGCAAGAAAAGGCCAAUUUCCGCCCUGGAUCCGGCGGAUAUUCAAUUGGAGUUGAUGCUUCUAGAGCAGGAAAACAAGAAGAGGCUGAUGAUGGCCCGUCAAGAGGCUAAUGCUUUGCCAGUGCAGGCCGAACCAGUGGGGGGGCUAUUCAACCCUAUCAUGCCCGUACCGCCGGACUAUGGCCUACAGUUGGCGCCCCUCGAGCAAAAGAAUAAGAAGAUGCUGAUGAUGGCUCAUCACGGGCUACCAGACAAUCCGCCCCUGCCACCCAAACCAACAGACAGCCCAGGCACCACUAGUCCUCAGGAUGGCCACGAUCUACCUGAGCGGACUGAUGCCCUGAGCGGUCCUAAAGAGCCACGACGUCCGUUCACUAUCGAUGAGCUUGCCCCAACCCCAUAG